ACAUUUAGUACAAUUGCUUUGUUAGGAAGUGAGCUCAAUCAUGAAAGUAGGUUACGAGUUCUCGUGUUAUCUAUCUAUUUAGAUCACCACAGACCGUCCGUCGGUUACCAGUAUCAUUUCAUCUAUUUGUGCAUUACCAAUAUGCAUUUUUGCUGGCAAUAUUUCACCAUAACAAGCUAAGAACUGUAGUGACCUAAACUGUUUUCAUCUUCAAGUUCGAUCUUGAUCUUAAUCUACAUUUGUUUAAUGAAUCUUCACCUCAGGACAGAGAGACGUAGGAUCCCGAGAUCUGAUAUCACCGUGAUAUGAUAUACCCACUUCAUUCGGAGAUUACAUCUAACGACGUCAUCACCAAGAAUGGAGGACGACAUAGUGAUACUGGAGACCAUUCCGCCUAAGCAUGAGGCUCGGAGAAAUGGACUGCAUUGUUCCAAACCUAAGCGAAUAUAUCAAGCUGUCGAGAACUUGAAGACAUCGUCACCACUCCACCAGAGACCGGUUCAAAUGGUGUAUCCUGCCGUUCAAAAGACCUCGGAGGAUAACCGAAAUAAGAUCAAUGUUCGUAUGGACUCGGAUGCCGAAGAACGCGCCAGUACCAGCGAUAGCUCAGAAAUGGAUGACUCGAAGGAUACAUGCGUGUCUAAGAAUCUAAUGGGCGGUGCGACCGGUAGAAGACAACGUGAUUUUGUUCCCGAAAGUACGAAAGACGAGAAAUACUGGGUUAAAAGAAUAAAGAACAACUUAUCUGCGAAGCGAUCUCGAGAAAAACGUCGCAUGGCAGAUAUUUUAAUGGAAAGCAAGGUGAGCAAGCUAGCCCAAGAGAAUGAAGACCUUCGAAGCGAACUGGCAAACAUAAAACGGUUGGUACAGGAUAGCCUUGUGAAAGAACCUAAGCAGUUGGUGGCCAUUGACGUCAGGGCACCACCACAAGGUCCUCAAAAAGAAGUUGUUGGUGCUUCCCAACAUCCCGUUCCAUUGGUAAUCCCUACGUACCAGAACCCCUUAUCCAAGAUCCCUACACCUCCCCAGGAGAUUGUACUCCUACCACAGUCGGGUGUGUCACAGUCACUUGUACCACAGCAAGUUGUACCACAAUCCAUUGUGGCACAACCUGGUAUACCUCAGACCAGUAUAGCUCAUUCAGGUUUAAUGCAACCCACUUUACCACAAUCCAUUAUGGUGCAUCCAGGUUUACCACAGUCCAGUAUGGUACAGCCCGCUUUACAACAGAUUCGCAUGGUACAACAGACUUUACCACAGACCAUUGUGGCCCAACCUAACCUGCUACAGUCUGGUUUACCACAGCCCAGACUACCCCUCCCAUGCGUUCCACGACCCGACUUACAACAGUCUGGGUUACCAUAUGCAGUUCAAUCAGUGGCCCGCGCUACCUUGUCCCAGGGAUCUGGUCUCCAAGUUACCCCGUCAUCAGAGAACGUGCAUCCUUUCAAUCGCCCCGAGUUCGAGAAUCCUACGAGACGAAUAAUUCCUAGAGUACCGUCACUCUUAGGAAGUACGCCUGUAAGUUCAUCGCAAGGUAGUACUAACCAACCCUCAGAGCUAUCAAAAGAAACCAAUGGCGUUACCAAGGCAAGAUCACCAGAAGAAAACAUGCGUCCUGGUGAUUUCCCAUUAGACAGGGUCUCCGAAAGAGCCCCUCCAAUUGACAAAGCACCCACCAGAUUUCCUAAGCCAACAGCAACUAAUCCAGUAGCGACUUCUCCACAAAGUACUUCAUCCGAAACCUCUGAAACAUCACUUGCAGAAAUCAACAAGCUGCCUCAUAAAUUACGUGCCAGGUUUCUACGGUCACUUGUUCAGCAAGAAGAGGGGGAAACCACUAACCCAGAGGCGAAAUCACCUCCCAAAGAACCUACAACAAGCUAUGAUCCUAUCCUCAUGAACAUCAAACAGGAAAAGGAUGAUGAGAUUCCACAAGAUAAUCAUGAAAUGGAGAUCGAUUGUGUUCCCUCUGUCCCGCUGAAUGUCCAGUGGGUCCCGCCGAAGACUGAAUUCCAUUCGAAUCCGCUGAAAAAUAUCGAUGACGAACUAGAACAGGCCAGAAAACUAAUGCCCUAUCCUAGCCCAACCAUGAAUCGCGCGGAGGCACAGGCCUAUGUUGAACUUGCUAAAGCUGCUUCGGAUUUAGUCGGUGCUCGACUUCAAUCGAAGGACUUUUCUGCUCCGUCCAUCCGCCAGCUUACUCGUCAACGAACACGUGAAAUGAACCAAAUUGAAAAGUAUCGCGAUAAACGCGUUCGAAACAAUAUCGCCGCUAAAAAGUGUCGUGACGCGAAACGAUUGCUCAAUGAUUAUCGGACUGCGCGAUCGAAUUUCUUUGAAGUUGAAAAUGCGACUUUGAGGAAUGAAGUGGCAGUUCUUACCAAAGACGUAAUGAGACUUCGCGAACUGGCACGGAAAAGACAAUUAACAAAAUAGUAUAGAUUAUGUAUAUUGAAACCACUCAAGAGGGGACAUGAGGCAUACUCAAUAUAAUAUUAGUAUUAUACGAUCAUUAUCAUCAUUUCUUUGCAAGAAAGUAGACUGAAAGUUUGGUUUCAAUCAUUGAUUUAAUAAAUAAUAUAUAAACGAGUUAUUUGCCUGAAGGUUUUAUUACACCAAGGCUUGCAUACAC